AUGAGCGAAUUGGAUCAGCUCAGGCAGGAAGCCGAACAGCUCAAAAGUCAAAUCAGGGAAGCUCGCAAAGCUGCCAGUGACACGACGUUGGCUUCCGUGGCCGCGAAUUUGGAACCGAUUGGUCGGAUCCAGAUGCGUACACGGCGAACGCUGCGAGGACAUUUGGCCAAAAUAUAUGCAAUGCAUUGGGCAUCUGAUUCUCGAAACCUUGUUUCCGCCUCACAAGAUGGCAAACUAAUAGUUUGGGAUUCAUAUACUACAAACAAGGUGCAUGCAAUUCCUUUACGAUCAUCAUGGGUGAUGACAUGUGCAUAUGCGCCAUCCGGUUCUUAUGUUGCUUGUGGUGGACUCGAUAAUAUUUGUAGCAUUUAUUCACUGAAAACACGCGAAGGUAACGUACGUGUCUCGCGUGAAUUGCCAGGUCAUACGGGUUAUCUAUCAUGCUGUAGGUUCCUCGACGACAAUCAGAUUGUUACCUCUAGUGGUGAUAUGACAUGUGCUCUGUGGGAUAUCGAAACUGGGCAACAAGUGACCGCUUUCACAGGACAUACAGGCGACGUGAUGUCGCUAUCUCUCUCACCUGAUAUGCGUACAUUUAUAUCAGGUGCAUGUGACGCAUCCGCUAAACUUUGGGAUAUCCGUGACGGCAUGUGCAAGCAAACGUUUCCUGGACAUGAAAGUGAUAUCAAUGCUGUCACCUAUUUUCCUUCGGGGCAUGCUUUUGCUACUGGCUCAGAUGAUGCAACCUGCCGAUUGUUUGAUAUAAGAGCUGAUCAAGAACUAGCCAUGUAUUCUCAUGAUAAUAUUAUAUGUGGAAUUACCAGCGUAGCAUUUUCGAAAUCCGGCCGAUUAUUAUUCGCAGGCUAUGAUGAUUUCAACUGUAAUGUAUGGGAUUCAAUGCGACAGGAAAGAGCUGGUGUAUUAGCCGGUCACGAUAAUCGCGUGUCCUGUUUAGGAGUUACAGAAGAUGGAAUGGCCGUAUGCACCGGUUCAUGGGAUAGUUUCUUAAAGAUAUGGAACUAG